AUGACAUAUGUAGCCCUACAACGACCUCGGUUACUGCUCUGCAAGACUCAGUAUGUGGAGAACUUGACAGUGACAAGUCUUCGAUACAGCCGCAAAGAUCCCUUAUACUACUUGGUCAUUGAAGGCAAGUUGAUGGACGUUUUUGGGAACAAUAUUACGGUUAUUUUUGACUUCUACCAGUUCAGUAACAACAGAUAUUUGCCCACCUACGUCGGGAUCCGUGAGAAGAUGUGCGAUUUUGUUGAUAAGCAUAACAUCUUUGGAGUUUCUUUGUUGAAGUCCUUAGGGAACAGGACCUGUCCUUAUCAUCCAGGUUUUUACCACUUGAAUUUAACGACUGCAACCUCCUUGAUACCGGCAAGUUUCCCCUACAGACAAGGCCGCAUGUACGUGAACAUAAGUCUGAACUCCCAUGGAAGAGAAGGGGUCAUUAUAUCUGGUUAUUCAGACUUAGAAAUGAAAACGUACUAUAAGAAGAAUUGAGUUACCUACCUCGCUUUAUACAUUGUUCAAUCAAAAUGCAAAAGAUCAUCAAAAUUAAUGUCGUUUUAAUUUUUUAAUCCAUGUUCAUUCAUAUCAUCCAUUUGUAU